AUGAACUCGUCGUCUAACAGUGGCAAUGCCAGCAGUGUGAAGGCCCAAGAUGGCAAAGACCAUGCUACCAGCAACGGUAACUCCAACACGAAUGUCAACGGAAGUUCGCUCGACCAGAAGAACUCGUACAGCUUGGACCGCUUCUUGGGUAGCCACAGUCGCAAGGAUGACCCAUCUCCCUGGCUGAGAAAGACCUGA